AUGACGCUAGCCUCCCAUGAAGAGCUGCUAGAGGGGUACACGGACUUGGAACUGGCUCGUCACAUUGUAUCCUCGCCGUUGUGCGCGUCCAGCUCGCGGGUAUUCAACCUCUCCUCGAAUUUCAUAGCCAAGCGAUAUGAGCCUUCAGAGGUCGAAGAUGCUUUGAAGGCUACCGAAGUCGCCAGCCAGCUUGGGAUCCGCUGUCCUUCCGUACGGAAGAUGAUCAAGAACCAAGUGAGUGCUUACACUUUUAUGGAUCGGGUGGAGGGAACUACGUUGGUCGUCGUCUGGAAGGAACUGGGCUGGUUCAUGACAGUUAAGCUUGGUCUGCAGCUUCGCCGUUUCGUGAAAAUUCUCAGAUCUGUUACCUCACCAACUGCCGGAUCGCUUGCGACAGGCGAAUGUAGGUCUUUCUGGCUAGAAGAUCGCUACGGUCUUCCGGCGUAUUCUGGCCCAGACGAAAUUGCCCACUUCUUCCGAUUCUGGGCGAACUUUACGUCUAUGCGGCGAGCGAUGCAAGCAUCAAAGCAACCUCAAGUACCGGAUUCACCAGAUUACACUAUUGGGAUGCCAAUGACCAUCGAGCCAUUCGUCUUGACUCAUCAUGAUCUUACGCCACGCAACCUUUUAGUUUCCUUCUGGUCAGCUUUCGCUCCUUGA